AUAGCCCAACACCUGCUCCAGAACUGGUCGGUAUGGACUCAACUCUGCGAUCAGGUCCACGUAUUGGUCCACACUCUCGAUGGCAUACAUGUCUUCGUGAUCGUCUUCGGUGGCAGACAUUCAAUAGAGAGUGGUAUGGAUUCAAACAAAGAUCAGGCGCCCGUUCAGCCAAAGCAACCCAUGGUUUACAUCUGCGCCGAGUGUCAUCACGACAAUGAGAUCAAACCCAAGGAUCCGAUCAGAUGUCGAGAGUGUGGCUACAGAAUCAUGUAUAAGAAGCGCACCAAACGAUGUAUGAUAUGUCUUGAGAUUUGA